AUGCGACGCGCGCUCGUCUUCCUCCUCGGCGCCCUCGGCGCCCGCGACGCUCUCGGUCUAGUCGGACCGAAGCCGUGGGCCCGGGGCGCCGCCAGCUCUCGCGCGUCCGUCGUCGCCUCGACAGAGAUGGUGCGGGCGCGACCCCCGAAGGGCCUCGGCAUCCACUGGACGCCGACCCUGAGCGUCGGUCAGCUCUUGCAUAAACUCCACAGUGUCGAUGGCGUCCAGCAGUAUAAGCCGAGACGCUCGUGCAAGUCGGGCGGCGGCCUGCAGACCGGCCACCUCGCGCAAGCCCUCUACGACGCCAACUGCAACAUGCUCUCGUACUACGACGAGGACGACGCGAUCUGGCUCCACCCGGAGGCGGAGAAGCUCAAGAAGGACGCGGUGUGGCGCGCGACGCACCGGCCUGCGCGGCGCGAGACCGGCGCCUACGCGAUGAUCGUGCCGGGCGAGCAGAUACUCGGCGAGGUGCGCCAAAUCUGGCGCCAGGAGGACGGCGUGCGGACGUCGCGCGUCGUCCUCAUCAACGGCUCGGCCGUCCCGACGCUCCAGGCGACGGCGCGCGAAGACGUCAAGGAGUACCUCGCGAAGGUUCUCGACGAUGCGCCGGCCGUCGCCGCGGCGGCCAUGGAUGACUACCUGGAGGAGGAGCUCCAGGCCCAGAUUUCGCUCUGGGAGCAGAAGGCCAUCGACGCGGCCGACGCGGCCGACGAGGUCGACGCCGAGGCCCUCCGCCAGGCGUUGCGGGACGUCUGCGUCGAGUGCGGGUGGCGGGCGCUCCACCCCGAAGACGAGAUCCUCCCCGAGACCGAGGACAGGGAGGUGUCUUAUUUGGGGUCGCCGCGGUGCGUCGCGCACGAUCUCGUCAUGGACUCGUUCUUCGGCCGGCUCGACACGGGCCCGCGCGACGAGCACGACGGGGACCUCACGGUGUACCGCGCGGCCAUCAGCAAGGGCACCGCGGAGUACCCCGGCCCCAAGCUCUGGGAGGAGCUCGUCCUGCGGCGCGUCCCGAAGCUCCGCGAGCACAUCGAGGGCACGGUGGACGAGGAGGAGCGCAAGGCCCACCUGCAGGUGCUCAAGAACCUCGUGAAGAUGCUCGCCGUGGACCACAUGUGGUCGUCCGCGCGCCCGCGCCGAACUAUCACUCGGCCCGACUCACUGGUUGAUUCGCACAGGUUUGUAUGCGACCACCCGAAGAACUGCGCGAACGCGGCGUCGACUCGAGCCGGGCGCGUCGCGCGGCGCGCGCGACUCACUGGUCAACACGCAGGCUACCUCGAGUGGAGUGCGGUCAACCGUUUUGACCGGUGCCUAUCCUGCGAUUUACUCGAAUUCACACCUCGUCCGCACGCAGGCUACUUCUCCGACGUCAACAACCAGGACGCGAAGCUGGCCCGCGACGGGGACUUCGCCAAGGCCGAGUCCAUCGCGUUCAUGGACGAGGCCAUCGAUGGCGAGCUCAAGCUCUUCUCGGUCACCGAUCGCGAGUAG